UUAUGGGAUGCACUCGCCUUGAGUGUGCUGAUAUUAAUGAGUGUGCUGUUGACAAUGGUGGAUGUGACCAAAAAUGUAUUAACAGCCCUGGCAGUUUCUCGUGUGUCUGUAAUGUGGGCUAUGAGCUCUUCACCCGAAAGGGAACUGCUGGAUUUGCUGUUCACUCUGCUGAAUCUGGCGAACGAGAUGGAGACACCUACCAGCGCAACAAGACUUGUUUUCCCAUCAUGUGCCCAUCCCUUGAAGCACCUGAGAAUGGUGUAAUCCUUUCUACUAAAGAAAUGUACCACUUUGGAGACCUUGUGAGCUUCCAAUGUAACUUUGGCUAUGUCAUGAGUGGCCCUGCUUCUUUGCUGUGUACAUCUGGAGGAGUUUGGAAUGGCUCUGUUCCACAGUGUCAAUAUGCCAAGUGUGUUUCUCUACCUGAUGACAGAAAUGAGGGAUUAUCUGUACUGCGAACAGACCAGGGCAGUGUCCUUGUACCUUUCAAAGAAAAUGUGACACUCAACUGUGGUAGUGUAGGCCGAACUCUGCGACGCACUGCCUCAUCAGGAUUCCGUCAAUGUGUUUAUGACCCUAAACCUGGCUUCCCUGAUUACUGGCUGUCUGGUGUUCCUCCAUCCUGCCCAAGAAUGGAUUGUGGCACACCUCUGCCCACACCGGGAGCUGAAUAUGGCAAAUACACGGAUACCAAAUACCAAUCAUCAUUCUUCUUUGGAUGUCAAGAUACAUUCAAGCUAGCUGGUCAAACAAGCAAAAAUGACAAUGUUGUCAGGUGUCAAGCUAAUGGCGUGUGGGACUUUGGUGACCUAAAAUGUGAAGGUCCAGUGUGUGAGGACCCCGGCAGGCCAACAGACGGCUUCCAGGUUUCUCGCAGCUAUGAGCAGGGCUCUGAGGUUGAGUUUGGCUGCAACAAGCCCGACUACAUCCUCAUCAACCAGCGUCCUAUCAGCUGUGUUCGAGAGCCUGAGUGCAAAGUUGUCAAGCCUCUUGGCCUUGCCUCCGGACGCAUUCCUGACUCGGCAAUAAAUGCUACCUCAGAAAGGCCCAACUAUGAAGCACGUAACAUUCGCCUGAACUCUGUUACUGGGUGGUGUGGAAAGCAGGAAGCAUUCACAUAUGUCAGUGUGGAUCUUGGUCAAGUUUUCCGUGUCAAGGCCAUUCUUGUCAAGGGAGUAGUCACCAAUGACGUUGUUGGUCGACCUACAGAAAUUUGUUUCUUCUAUAAACAAGCUGAAAAUGAGAACUAUGUUGUGUAUUUCCCUUACUUUAACUUGACUAUGAGAGACCCUGGAAAUUAUGGUGAAUUAGCAAUGAUUACUUUACCCAAAUAUGUUCAAGCUCGUUUUGUAAUUUUGGGAAUUGUGAGCUACAUGGACAAUGCUUGUCUCAAGUUUGAACUGAUGGGUUGUGAAGAACCAAAAUCUGAGCCUUUGUUGGGUUAUGACUACGGAUACUCUCCUUGUGUUGACAAUUAUGAACCACCUGUCUUCCAAAACUGCCCACAACAGCCGAUUGUUGUGCAAAAGGGACCUAAUGGAGGUUUGCUACCAGUAAACUUUACUGAACCUGUAGCGGUUGACAACAGUGGAAGCAUUGCACGUCUUGAGGUCAAGCCACCUAGCUUCAAGACCCCAACCCCAAUCACCGUCUUUGAGGACGUGUCAAUUAAAUAUAUUGCCUUUGAUUAUGAUGGAAAUGCUGCUAUUUGUGAGAUCAACAUUACUGUGCCAGAUGACACACCACCUCGUCUCAGCUGUCCUCAGAGCUACGUCCUUGAGCUGGUGGAUCGCCAGGACAGCUAUGUGGUCAACUUCAAUGAGACUCGCCGCCGCGUUAACGUGUCCGAUGAGUCAGGCGAUGUCAAAGUGGUUUUCGUACCCGAUCGUGCUGUGAUUCCCAUCGGUGGAUUUGAGAAUGUGACUGUGGUGGCUUCAGAUAAGAGUGGAAAUCAGGCUUCGUGCCACUUCCAAGUGUCUGUCCAGGCCACUCCAUGUGUGGACUGGGAACUUCAACCACCUACCAAUGGAGCACUCAACUGUUUACCUGGAGAAAGAGGCUUGCAGUGUAUUGCAACCUGCAAACCUGGCUUUAGAUUUACUGAUGGUGAGCCUGUCAAAACAUUCAGCUGUGAAGAGAAGAGUCCAUGGGUGCCAAACAACAUGGUACCUGACUGCGUGUCUGAAGACACUCAACAAGCCGAUUAUCAUGUAGUAGCCACUGUCACAUACCGGGCUAAUGGAGCUGUUUCACAAUCAUGCCUGCCCCAGUAUUCAGACCUCAUGUCACAGUAUUACAAAUCCCUUAAUGACAUCCUUACUCAGAGAUGUUCAGCUGUAAACGUGAACAUGAAUGUUUCAUUUGUUGAAGCAAAACCAUCCUUGGUGCAAGAAAACUUUGUCCAGAUGGACUUUAUUCUGGUGAUUGUACCAGCUGUCAAACAGCCACAGCUUUAUGACCUCUGUGGUUCUACUCUCAAUUUGAUUUUCGACCUGUCCGUUCCUUAUGCCAGUGCUGUCUUGGAACCUCUGUUGAAUGUGUCAGCAAUAGGCAAUCAGUGUCCUCCACUUCGUGCUUCGAAAUCUUCCAUCAACCGCGGAUUCACUUGUAAUGUUGGAGAGGUCCUUAAUAUGGAUACCAAUGAUGUUCCUCACUGUUUGCACUGUCCUGCUGGAACCUUUGCGGGUGUGAAUCAAAAGACCUGCACACCUUGCCCACGAGGGUUCUUCCAAAAUCAAGAUCGUCAAGGACAAUGCACCAGGUGUCCUCUUGGAACAUACACUCGAGAAGAAGGUUCAAAGGAUAUUAACGAGUGUGUUCCUGUUUGUGGUUACGGAACUUUUUCUCCCACUGGUCUUGUGCCUUGCUUGGAAUGUCCUCGCAACAGCUACACCUCAGAGCCACCUACAGCCAAAUGCUCCCCAGGGCAGUACUCUGACACUGGUUUAGCUCCUUGUGCUCCAUGCCCAAGAGAUUUCUACCAGACGCUUUCUGGCCAGCUGACCUGUCUGGAGUGCCCCACCAACAUGAAGACUGCAGGUCCUGGAGCAGUCGGCAGGGACGAAUGUGAACCUAUCCAGUGCUCUGAGAACGCUUGUCAGCAUGGUGGAUUGUGCAUACCGAUGGGCCAUGGAGUUCAGUGCUACUGUCCAGCUGGUUUCUCUGGACGCCGUUGUGAGAUUGACAUUGAUGAGUGUGCUUCUCAACCGUGCCACAACAGUGGACGUUGCAUUGAUCUGCCACAAGGAUACCGUUGCCAGUGUCCCCCAGGAUACAGUGGCAUCAACUGUCAAGAAGAGAAAUCUGAUUGCCGCAACGAUACUUGUCCAGAGAGGGCUAUGUGCAAGGAUGAACCAGGCCUCAACAACUUCACCUGCUUGUGCAGAUCUGGUUACACUGGUCCCAACUGAAGUAGCAGUAAAAUUGUCAUUGGUUUGAUUUUUGAAAAUUGCUUUGUUCUAUCUUUAACUGGUGUUUAUCUGUUUAUUUUAGAUCAACCCCUGUUCUGCUGACAUCAAUGCUUGUUCCAAUGG